AUGACGCCUGCUCCCUGGCGUAAGGUCACGAGUUAGGUGAUACAGGUGCUAGUUGACUGUCAGGAUCAGAGUGAAGGGCGUGGUUAGGGUCGUUAGGAUGCUGGCUGUGCUUAUCUUCGACCAACUGAACGAUGUGGUUUAUCUACGCUGUGAUCACAAGUUUGUGGGACAUGUACGCUCCAUGGCCGCCUCUCAAGGGCUGCUGUCAGAGGCUGUUGUGGACCCAGACCAGGUUGCACAGCUGGAUCCCAACAUAGUAGUGCAAUUGUUCUCACCUCUGGUCACCUCUCAGCGCAUCAUGACGACACAGUUCAACAACCCCUACACCUCCGUGUCCUGCCAAGACGGAACCACUGUUGUAUUUAAAGAGUAUGCUGGGUAUUUGUUUGUUGGUGUUGGUCAUCAGGAAGAAUCUCAUCUACAGCGAAUUAUUAGCAUAACUAUACGCAUUGUGCAGCUGAUUGUUGGUCCUUGUGUUACAACUCUGAAGAAGAGUGAUGAGAAGAGUAGCUUGCUUGACAAUUUACUAGAAGCGUGGCAAACUUUAUAUGCAAAAGAGCAAAGUUAUUUGGUUGAAGCAGUUGAACGGCUGGUUGUUAAUGCUGAACUCUCUGCUGCAGCAGUCAAGGCUCUUGCAGCUGUGGUUGACAAACUGAAGUCUGCUAAGGACCUCACUCCAUGCCAUGCUCUCUUUUUUGUCAGAAAUAAGUUAUUGGCAUUGUACUCGAGUCGAAGUGCUCAAGAACUUAGCGCAUCUGAUGUGCUCUUUCUGAACCUGCUUGUGGAGGCGAGCCAAGUGAAAAGUAGUGAUUAUAUGGAAGAUAUCAGCCCUAAGAAUAUUGCUGAGAUUCCCGAUGAGAAGAAGGAAGAUGAUGGUAUUGAGUUGGACACAAGUGACUCUGGGGAAUUUUACAGCAUCCCCAACACACCCUCUCUUGGCAGACAUAACAGUCAUGGUGAAGAGCCAGAAGGAAAGAUUCGAAGUUGUGUUUUAUUACUUCGCACUGAGAUGUGUCAGCUGACUCCCCACCUUGUGCAUUAUGAAACACUAUCUGAUGGUCUCUCUCUGGUCAUUGUCUCUGAG